AUGAAAGAGCUGAGCGAGGCUAAACUUGACCGAAGCCUCACACCACCAAGAGCUAUUGACAAUUCAAUAUUAUGUGUGUUUUCAGAUGCAUCAGAAGCUGCCUUCGGGUGCUGCGCUUACCUUAGGUGGCAGAUAGCAGACGGCAGUCUUACUACAAGAUUUGUAGCAGCAAGGUCAAGAGUGGCCCCUUUAAAGAGGCUGACCAUUCCCCGAUUAGAGCUACAAGCUGUUCUGAUGGCGGCAAGGCUGUUUACGGCAAUAAAGGAAGAGACAACUUUGAAGUUGCUAGAGACACUUGACCGAAGCCUCACACCACCAAAAGCUAUUGACAAUCCAAUAUUAUGUGUGUUUUCAGAUGCAUCAGAAGCUGCCUUCGGGUGCUGCGCUUACCUUAGGUGGCAGAUAGCAGACGGCAGUUUUACUACAAGAUUUGUAGCAGCAAGGUCAAGAGUGGCCCCUUUAAAGAGGCUGACCAUUCCCCGAUUAGAGCUACAAGCUGCUCUGAUGGCGGCAAGGCUGUUUACGGCAAUAAAGGAAGAGACAACUUUGAAGUUGCUAGAGACAAUAUUCAUGACAGACAGUCUCAUUACUCUAGCAUGGAUCCACAGUCAGUCCAGAAUGUACAAGUCUUUCGUCUCAUCCAGAGUGGGAGAGAUCCAGAGUGCAUCCAAUCCAGAGAACUGGAGAUAUGUUCCCAGAAAUAUGAACCCUGUUGAUAAAAUCUCCAGAGGCUUAGCAGUCAGAGAUCUGAGUAAAGAAUGGGAACAGGGUCCUGAAUUCCUAUUCAAGCCUAUAAAUGACUGGCCAGAGGACAAAUCGCUCCCUGUACAACAAUGUGAUGAUGAUAAGGAGAGGAGAAAGGUAAAGCAAGUUUUACAUACAACAUGUUCUGGUGUCAUUGGCUGUGAGAAGUAUUCGUCUUGGAGAAGACUCCUCAGAGUCACAGCUUAUGUACAUCGAUUUGUCAAGAAUAUGAAGGCCAGAUGCAAGACGAAAGUUGACGAAGGACUGACAAGAGAAGAUGGUCCACUCACUGCAUCCGAGUUAAGUGUUGCUGAAAUGUACUGGAUCAAGGAGGUACAGAAACCACUUCAUGAACGCUUGAGGUCUGGUGAAUUCAAGGUUCUAAGUCUAUUUCUCAGUGAAGGUAUCAUCAGAGUUGGAGGUAGAGUAGAUGAGAUCAAACGAUCGUAUGAAGCAAGACAUCCAGCUCUUAUCCCUAAUGGUCAUCAUGUAGCUAAGCUUAUCACUCGCUACUAUCAUCAGCAAGGUCAUGCGGGAGUAGCUACAACAUCAGCUAAAAUUCGGACGAGAUACUGGAUUCCAGGAGUUCAACGUUUAGCCAAAUCUGAGAAGUACAGAUGUGUAACAUGUCGAGAGAUGGAGAAAAGAGCGGAAACUCAGUUUAUGUCUGAACUACCUGCUGAAAGGAUGAUGCCUUUUACGCCACCAUUUUACGCUACAUCAUGUGACUACUUCGGACCGAUACCAGUGAGAAUAGGGCGUAACAAGACUGCGAAUUACUAUGGCAUCAUCUUCACGUGUCUGAACACCAGAUCAGUCCACUUAGAGGUUGCACCUGAUUGCUCGACUAUGGAGUUCCUGCAGGCUUUACGACGUUUUUUCGCAGUCCGUGGCCAACCUUCUUGCUUAAUCAGUGACAAUGGGAAGCAGUUUGUUGGAGCUGAGAGAGAGCUGCGAGAAAUGUUAGAGGGCUGGAGUGCAGAUGAGCUAAAGGAGUUCUGUGCUAAGAGGGGCACCGACUGGAGGUUUGUGACGCCAUUAGCACCUCAUCAUAACGGGUGCGCAGAAGCCCUGGUCAAAAGCUGUAAAUUAGCAUUGAAGAAGGCUAUCAAGGAUCAUUGCCUUUUUCCUUUCGAGUUGUACACAUACCUUCAAGAAGUGGCCAAUCUAGUUAAUCAACGCCCCAUCGGGAGGAUUCCCACAGACCCAGAUGCUGAUUCUUACCUAUGCCCUAAUGGUAUCUUGUUGGGUAGGGCAUCUAGCCACGUACCUCAAGGACCUUUCCGUGAUACCAAGAAUCCCUGUCACCGAGUCGAAUUCGUCCAGAAGAUCGUCGAUUCAUUCUGGAAAUCUUGGAUUCAUGAUGUCUUCCCUUUGCUUGCACCAAGAAAGAAGUGGAACGUUGACAGACGCAAUCUCAGGGUCAACGAUGUUGUAAUAAUAGCGGAUCCAAAUGCCAUCCGGGGUAAAUGGACUUUAGGUCAUAUAACUCAAGUGUACCCUGGAGAUGACGGGAAGGUCAUAUCAUUCAAAGUCAAAACUAUAGACUCUGAAUAUAAGAGACCCAUCACGAAGAUAGUAGUUAUAUACCCUUCGGAAGGUUAUGUAGGGGAAUAA